AUGAUGUGCAAUUGCCAUUUAGCAAAUACAGAAGACCAUGUGCUCUUCUUAGUUGGAAUAUUUUUUGGAGUAGCUGGGUUUUUACAAGUUGCUGGUGGGGUUUUUAAGGCAAAAGAGGGGCUGCGCCAGGCCUAUGGGUCUGCAGAAAAAGUAGACACAAAGAUGAGAAUACAGAAAGAGAGAAUUCUGAUCGCAGUUACUCUAGUUCUACAGAUUGGUUUUGGAUUGUGUGGAAUUCCAGAGAACCUCAUAGGAGGCUUACUGAAGACUGGAGUAAAAGGGCUAACUGCAGUCAGUAACAAUGCAGGUGUUGACAAUUUUGGACUUGGUCUUUUGCUUAAAACUAAGCAGAUAAAACGGAUGGUAUCAUCUUAUGUUGGAGAAAACGCAGAAUUUGAACGACAGUACUUAUCUGGAGAGUUGGAAGUUGAGCUUACACCUCAGGGUACGCUUGCUGAGCGAGUCCGUGCAGGAGGGGCAGGCAUUCCAGCAUUUUUCACAAGCACAGGCUAUGGAACAUUGGUACAAGAAGGAGGAGCACCUAUCAAAUACAACAAAGAUGGCAGCAUUGCCAUUGCCAGUCAGCCAAGAGAAGUAAGAUGCCAUUCUGUUGUACUAAAGCCUUCAGGUUUAGAAUCUGAAUUCCUUGCUGAUUCACAGGAUAAAGAGCAGUGUAACCUCUUCUGA